UUUCUUUCACAUCACAUUACCAGAGUAACCACCUCUAAAAGCUAGGCAGUUGACGAGAGUCAGAGACAUCAGUAAACGAUGGACGCCGGAACUCAACCGCCACCACGGCGACCGCCGAUGGAACCACUCCGUCAACAAGGAAGCGGAGACUUCACCGCCAUUAUCACUGUCCUAUUUGCCUUCAUCGUUAUCUGCUCAUUGGUUCUGCUUCCGUCUUCAUCACCAAACUUAAAGAACAGCUUGACAAUCUUACAUCAAGUUCCUGAAGGUCAUGUUGGGGUUUACUGGCUAGGGGGUGCCCUCCAGAAGACAACUACCACUCCAGGCUUUCAUGUGAAGCUACCUCUGAUAACUCAUUACGAGCCUGUCCAAGUGACCCUUCAGACAGAUCUGGUUAGGGAUAUUCCUUGUGGGACAAAAGGGGGUGUUAUGAUCAACUUCGACAGGAUUGAGGUUGUUAACCGCCUAAAAAAGGAAGCUGUAUAUGAGACCCUUCUCAACUAUGGUGUAGAGUAUGACCAUACUUGGAUAUAUGACAAAAUUCAUCACGAGAUCAAUCAAUUUUGUAGCGUUCACUCCCUUCAAGAAGUUUAUAUAGAUAUGUUUGAUCAGAUUGAUGAAACAAUGAAAGAUGCUCUUCAAGCCGAUUGUACGCGCUAUGCACCAGGUAUCGAAAUUAUCAGUGUUCGUGUAACAAAGCCUAGAAUCCCAGAAAGUGUAAGGAGGAAUUUUGAACAGAUGGAAGAAGAACGCACUAAGGUAUUGGUAUCAGUGGAGAGGCAAAGAGUUGCUGAAAAGGAGGCAGAGACACAAAAGAAGAUAGCUAUUACCGAAGCCGAGAAGAAUGCUUAUGUUAGCAAGAUUGUGAUGGAACAGAAGUUGAUGGAAAAAGACAGUUUGAGAAGGCAAGAAGAAAUUUCUAAUACAAUGUAUCUUGCUCGUGAAAAGAGUUUGGCCGAUGCCAAAUACUACCAGACCAUGAAAGAGGCUGAAGCAAAUAAGUUGAAACUUACACCCCAAUUUUUGGAGCUUAAGUUCAUUGAGGCAAUUUCCAAUAACACCAAAAUGUUCUUCGGAAACAAGGUACCUAACAUGGUGUUGGAUCAAAGGUUACUUGGAAACUUUCUGAAAGAAAUGGAAGGAAAAAGGAACUUGGAAGCAUAGGCUAUAAUUUUGUUACUUUUUGCCAAUGGUUGAUACAGUGGCAUUACAGAAGCAAAAGAGUUAGAAACUUGAAAGAAACCCAACUACAUUUCCACUUCGGAUUGUUUUGUUUUUGUACUUCUGCAGCUUCAAGGAAUACCUAUUAUUUCUAUUUUGAGAUGUCCAGAAAAAUUCACGUUGGUGAUUAAUUUCUGCAACCGUUGGUCUUUACUCGUUAGCAAGGAUUUACUAGCUAUAGUUGCCUAUCACUGUUUCCAUGUCGAUUGUAAAAACUAACAUGUUAGCCGCUCCUAUGGAUUGAAUGGUCAAAUAUAUGGUUUGUGCAAACAUGCAAGGUUUAUAUCC